GCGUUCACGCAUCCGCCUUCCCCCCUUCUCACCUCCAUGGGACCAGUGAUAAUCUGAGCCUCAUCAGUUGCUAAAUGUCCUGAGCAAGAUGCCCGUUCAGAGCCCUACGCAGCUGGUUGAAGAGUUCAAGAAGAGUGGGGAGUUCGACCGGCUCAGGCGUGAGCUACUUGACGAGUUCCGAAAUGGGGACGGUCUUGCUCCGAUGGUUGCCCGUGUGGAAGACAUCGUGCGCAAGAAGCUGCACUAUGAUAGCAAGCUGCUCUUUGGACCGGAAGCUACAGCGCAACGCGAACUAUUGCAAGAGUUAGACAGGUACCCCGUCGUAGAACGCGCCGUUACGGACCUCCCGUCGUUCUCAGACCCAUCCUUCUCUGCCGCUCUUCAAGAAAACCUCUCCCAGCUCCUGAAAGAGACUUGUUCCGGGGAUGCGGUUGAAGUCGAUUCUGGAAAUGUAGCCACGGCUGGAACAAUGAUCGAACGGCCUACUCUGAAGUCUCUGCAAACUCAGACAUCAACAUUGGAUGGAAGCACGACGCCAUUGAAAGAGGACGAGUUUAAUACGCGUUCAGUCCAUUUCGACGACCAUGACAGCGACUCCGACAGCGCCAUGCAAGAGUCUCCCGUCUCAGAACGGGGAACUAUCGAGAUCAAUAACGUUCAACUAGCGCAAGUGCCUUGAGUUCUCCGGCAGCCCUGGAUUCGCGUGGUCCCCAGCACAAGAAUACUACCUCCUUUUAUGCCCCUACUUUCUGGGCGUGGCCGCAUACUUCUCUCCGUGGAAACACGAGCAACCGGGCGACCGGCAGUACGGCACGCAUGGUUGCUUUCCUACUUAUGCCAGGAAGUUGCGAAACUCAAUAUGUAGCAGAUGAGUCACUAAUAAUGUGGGCAUAUCCAAAGCUUCGUACGCAGUACCCUAUCUGUACUCACUGCUUAAUACUCAGCUUUCUCUGUCUAUAGCACAGCCUUCGUGCCCAUGAUGUGGUAGCCAUGGAUUCACUGUCUAAAUAUUAUAUUUUGUACGUACCUGUCUCCUAGAGAUGCUCCACACCGCCCGCUCAGUCUCUCCUGACUUGGUAUCGAUUAUUCUGCACCCGUUUCGUUAAUUGCAGUAACAGUCUGCUUUUUUAGGUUAUCGCCGCCUUCCUGCCAUCACAAUGUCGAUGUCUGUGUAUCUCGCUGUGAAAUGUACGAACUUGCGAACUGGUGCUCUUGUUCGCCUUCCUGUUGAUGUAGUCUGACGAUGUCGAGAACAUUGCACUGGUCUUGCCAUUCCCGGCGGCCGAAGCCAACACCCGACUCGACCGCAUCAACAUUGCGUCGCUUAGUUCAAGCAGUCAUCGGUCAUCCACUCAGCUGACUCGGGGAAGUUGUUAACGCUACGACUGAGGUAGCCGCGCGCCUCGCUAGCUCCCCAGCCGUAUAUGAGCCAAGUCGUUAUGCCGUAACGGCAGGGAAGUAUUCGUCGUGACCCCAGCUUGCUCCCAUGACCAUGGAGACAGACUGUGAGUGUGCCCAAC